UUUAUCUGUCCGUGUAUGUUUUAAACCCUGUUUUAACUUGAACAUAAAAAUUGUUUUUCAAGUCAUUAUUUUAAUACACCUUUUAACGAAGUUUUUUUUAUUAUUUUAUUAAAAAACAAGUUUCUUACUAAUUAGAAAAAAACUGCAAAAGUUUCUUGAUAGUGUAACCCUGAUUGUAAAGCAUCAGAUUCUUGUCUGGAAUCUUACUACGGACAUACAUAUUUUCAAGAUCAUCGGACACUUCUAGAAGCACCAAUUCAUAUUAUGAAAUAUCUUCCAAGUUCACAACUUAUCCGGACAUUAGUACUUGGAGCAGAUCGUUCCUCCUGAACAAGACCAAUAUCGGCAUGGCCGUUUCUGUGAAAAUUAAAUCCAGGUCCUUUGGAAGUUCUAGAGAUUUCUCAAUUUACGAUUUCGCGCACUCAGGGCAGUUGAAAGGCCGUCGGCCAAAAGCCAACGUUCUUGCCGUCGAUGCUUGCGAAGCUGAUGACGCAAUGGAUGACGAAAUGGUCCCAGUCCAAGGGAAUCAGAAUGGGAAACAAUUGGUACCCAGUGUCCAGGACGAAGGCGUCUAUUCGGACUACACAAUCGAUAUAUGGUUUAUUAUAUCGGAGUUCGUUCGACCGGAAGAUGUUGGUCGCUUUGCGUUAAUCUGUCGGAAAACAGCAGAGGUGGUUCAGUCAGCCAAAUUUUGGCACCAUAUCUAUCGAAGGCACUACGAUCGUACUGUAGAUCUCCCGCGGAGGCUUCAACCGGAUUUUAUGCUGAUGCUGAAAGGCCUUCGCGCACGCACCAUCCGAUCUCUGUAUUACUGUUAUGAACCAUUUACGCAUCGGAUCGCUGCUACCGCUUUUACCGACCCCCACCGAGUAACAGGUCGUCUGCUCAUAUUUUCUUGGUAUACAAAGUGUAAAGCAACUUGGAACUAUUAUUUCAAGCUGAAAACCAAAUUAAUCCCAGGCAGUAGAGCGGACCAGUCCGCUCGAAUGCAGAAACAAAAAGAUUCCUUGCAGUAUUUGCAAGACACGUAUGCAAAUGCAGAAGAAGGCUGUCAGAUAUUGAUAAUUACGACGCAGACCAUGCAUCUGUUGCCGCAGUACCAUGAACAGUUGACCGUAAAAUCUUUUACGCAAACGUUGGCCCAAGGUUUCACAAACUACAAGGUGCGACUGCAGAUGGCCAACUAUUGCCAGCGAGUGGUGGACGAGAUAUUGUUCGUGCCCGUUCGGAAGGUUCGAGUGCUGGACUGGUGGAAUCCGGAGUACUAUCAAGUGGAUCCUACGAUCGAAAAGGAAGUGGAUGAUGAGUCAGAACCUCAUCAAGAUAUGGAAUACGAUGCGGAUAAUGUAUAUUGGGAUGACUAGA